UUUGACACCUCUAAUUAAUGCUAAUUGAAUUGUAUCGUUAUUCGUCCUUUGAUUUUAUUCCUGAUUGCAUCAUGAAGCGUCAGAAUGUGAGAACGUUGUCGCUGGUGGUAUGCACCUUCACGUACUUGUUGAUUGGAGCUGCCGUUUUCGAUUCGCUGGAAAGUUCUUUGGAGGCAAAGCGUUGGGAGUUCUUGCAAACCGUAAAGAACAAUUUUGUGAAAAAGUACAAUGUGAGUGACGAGGACUUUCGAGUGAUGGAGAUUGUCAUCAUUGAGAACAAGCCGCACAAAGCAGGACCGCAAUGGAAGUUUGCUGGCGCCUUCUACUUCAGCACCGUUGUCCUGGCCAUGAUAGGCUACGGUCAUUCUACGCCAGUCACCAUUCCGGGAAAGGCCUUUUGCAUGGGGUACGCAAUGGUGGGGAUACCCUUGGGACUGGUCAUGUUCCAGUCGAUCGGUGAACGUCUGAACAAGUUCGCAUCGGUCAUUAUACGACGGGCCAAGCGGGCAAGUGGCGCCCGAUGUACGGAAGCCACCGAGAUGAAUCUUAUGCUGGCCACCGGAAUGCUCUCGUCUGCCAUAAUUACCACGGGAGCAGCUGUUUUCUCGCGAUACGAGGGCUGGAGCUACUUCGACAGCUUCUACUAUUGCUUUGUGACAUUGACCACAAUUGGAUUUGGCGACUAUGUGGCCCUGCAGAACGAUCAGGCUCUGACCAACAAGCCGGGAUAUGUUGCCUUGAGCUUGGUUUUCAUUCUCUUUGGCCUGGCCGUGGUUGCAGCCAGCAUUAAUCUGCUCGUCUUGCGUUUCAUGACCAUGCAAGCGGAAGAUGCCAAACGGGAUGAGCAGGAUGCUCAGAAUCUGGCGGGAAAUGCGCAGCCGGUUACCUUCGACGACGAGACCACAUACAACAUGAACGGCAAACUGUUGGAGCACAACUAUACAACCGAGAACGAUGAGACAGCCUCGCUCUGUUCCUGCACCUGCAUGGGCGGAACGCGCUGCCUGAACCACGAGCAGUUUAUCGACCCGGACUUUCAGCCCACAGACAUUAUACAAAGCACACAGUGCCUGCAUCGCGCAUCCAUUUAAGAUAGCCAACAGACGCCUACUUGAAUUAGAAGUCAAAGGCCGACUUGGAGUAGGAACCAAUGCCAAAGAAAGCUCAAACCCCGAAGAGAGGGUGCGCCAGAACGCAGUUGCAAUCAUGUGGAGACCCACACCGCCGCAUUUAAUCGUUGGUUGUUAGACGAACCACCAUAUACACACAUAUACAAUGGAGUAACCUCCUACAAAUCAUGGCAAUAUCAAUCGCAUCACCUACGAGGGAGAGGAUGUCGCCUCUUUUAGUCGUCACCCCACCCACCCUCACAUUUCAUACAUCUCAAAAACAUACAAAUUUUAACUGUGAAAUCAAAGUAUUAUUAAUAGGAGGUGGCGUUAACCCGUGUCAGACGUGGAGGCCAAAUAAAUCUUUCAACUAAUCACGGUUGAAAGUAACUUAAUAUCAAAAAAAAAAAG